GGAGGAGGAAGAUUGAUGGUAUUCGCACAUUGAUACACACAGCACACAGUCCUGGACACCAUGCAAACUAUGAACGCAAUACUUGACGACGAAUCAGAAGAUGACAUCCUGUCACUGGAGCCUGAGAUGGAGUUAGAAACAAUUGACACUCAGGAGAGCCUCCAGGACAGCCUCCAGGAUAGCUUUCUGGAGACCACUGAGGACAAAGUCCGACGACUGUGGCAUGUUCUGAGAACAGCAGUGUACGAGUCCACAGAAAAGAUAAGGAGACAUGAUUGGAAGCCAAUGGAUUUGGAACACGGACUGCAACAUGUGCAGCGUGUGACGUUUAAGAAUGCAAUCCGCCAUGUCUUACAUAAUGUUGUCACCAAGGAGUUUAUCUGCAUGAAGUCCAAAACUAGCAUCUGUAUCUACCACUGCGAUGGCCGGAAGAAGCAGGAAUACACCCUCAGGGGGCCAAUAGAAGGAAUAGUGUAUGCUCGGCAGAUUAACCGCUACGUGGCCUGGAACAUCUGUCCACAGGUGAAGGUGCUAGGCCCAGACUUCCAGGUUAUCUCCACCAACCAGUCAAAACAAACCAUCACCUGUUGCCUGUACAACGAGGAUUUGAAUGAGAUCGUCACGGCUGGAGUCGGCAAUGUCUGUACCUGGCAUUUCUACUUUGGCUGCCGUGAGCUGAUAUGUGCCAGCACCAUCACCAUAGGGCUGACUCAGGAAGAUGUGUUCACAGAGCUGGCACUGGAGAGAGUCCGGGGUACCACAGUGACAAUGCCCCACAGUCAGCGCUGCUACGCAGUCUGCGGGAAAGGAGUUGCUGUCUUCGACUUGCUCAAAGCUACUGUAAUUUCAUAUGAGAAACGGCUGCAUGACAGAGUAAUCACAGGCAUCAUCCUGUUUGAAACACCAAGGUGUGUGGUCACUUCCUCGCGGGAUGGAAACAUCAAAAUAUGGGAUGAAAACUGGAAUCUUCAGAUUAUGUUCGUUGGGCACAGGGGUCCCAUCACUGCCCUUGCUCUCUACCCCCAUGGUCCCUACCUCCUAUCGGGCUCUGAGGAUGAGACCAUUCGGGCCUGGAGCCUGGAGCUGGCUGACCAGGUGGAUGAGAUCCAGAUGGGGGUGACGGUCACUUGCCUGGGCACAGAGCUCGGGGAGGACAGCAUCUUUUCCUGCGCCAACCAGAGGCUGGAUUUCUGGACCAUCACACACCUGUACAGGCAGCACACAACCAUCGGACACAACAUCACAGCCAUCAAGAACAGGAGCGGAGGGUUUCCAGGCCGCUUCCCUGUACGAGCAGCCUGCUCCUGUGCUGAUGGAACAGUUCGCCUCAUCUGCCCAGACACCGGGGAGAUCAUCACCAGCCUGCUGCUGGGCAGGGGCCAGCAGGUAGCUGACUUUGACUACUGCCUCCCCCGGGAAGCCCUGCUGGUUCUGACCAAACGAGGGGACCUCCUGAAGGCCAACGCCCUGACUAAUCCCAUGGAGGCCCAGUGGGAGGUGCUAGCGAGCAGACAAACGUCACAGCUCUGUUGCUUGUGUAUCUACACCCACAUUGUGGACAAAGAGCUGACCCACUCCCGGUGGUUGGAAGCGGUGGCCAGAGGAAGCGAAGGGAAGAUACGGAUCUUGGGAGUGAAGGACAAUGACCGCUUUCUGCUGAUUGCUGGACAUCAGAAUGGGUUCCUGUCCAUGUUAGACUGGAGAUCGGGGAGCACUCAUUACCAGGUCCAAGCUCAUGAGUCGGGGAAACUGUUGUGUCUGGUGGCAAAUCCAGCAAACCAACAGCUCAUAUCAUCAGGUGAGGACAAUGCCAUCAAGAUAUGGCGGGUUUUCCCAUACGCUCAGGAGUCCCUCAGCCUCUUAAUGAAUCUCUACGGUGCCCAUCCAACCACUCACCUGUGCAUCAUGAAGACCAUGUUCAUGGUGGCAUUUCAGAAUCCUGUUUGUGCUGUCCACACCAUUGUCCUCUACGAUGUCAGGAAGAAGGUUCGUAAAGACCACCACCCAGCAAACGACCACGAGGCCGAAAUCACAGGACUGUGUGCUUGUCCAGAGCUGAAGAUAUUUGCUUCCACUUGCAAAGCUGGGAUUGUGAAAAUUUGGGACCACAACAACCAGCUGAUAAGAAUUCUGCACCUGAAAGCAGUCGCUGACAGCAUCUCAUUCUGCAAUGAUGUUGGUAACAUUUUCCUGGGCAUCGAGCGAAACCUGUAUGUCAUGAACAGUUCAGAGUACCUGCCCCAGCAGUAUCUGCUCCGGAUAGCAUGUAGGGAUGUCAGUGAUCCUGUACCUGAUGCUCCCAUUCCCAUCUCCAGCGCUGCUGUCAAUUCUCUGCCUGCAGAAGAUUCCCAGCGUUUGAGAGGACCCCAUGCAUUCAACAGCACUGGGAUAAUUUGUUUAUGUUGUUGUAUACGGUUAUUUUCUGACCCAAGCCCCGAAGGUUCUGUUGUUUUACCGGUCAAGUCUGAUGUGGGGUCCCUGGAAAAGCAGGAUCAACUGAAGGAGGCGUACGCUUCAUUGGCUAUGAGAGAUGAGGAAAUCCUUCUGAUUCAGCGUGGGGAGAUGAGGGGCCGGAAAAAACCUCCACGUACGAAGGAAAUCUUGCAGCAAGGUUUCAGGAAAUACAUGCAGCUCUUGUACGCUGAGACCCCACACAUAGAGAUUCCCGAGAUUCCAAUUUACGAUCCGAAUGAGCGGCUGGUGGACCUGAAGAGUCUCCUCAAUCGACCCCAUCAAUGUAGAAACAUCGUCAGAGGAUUCUUCCCACCGCUGGCACGGCCGGAGCCUUGGUCUGAGGUCACCGCCAAAGAGAAAAAACCCUCAGACACAUUGACUCGUCAUUCCAGCAUCUUCCUGGAGAAACUGGAGUUACUGGAGAAGGAGAAUCACAAAGCAAAACAACAUUUGGGGCAAUCACCUCUCAUCGCGGCCCCUUCGGGACAGAAGGUUCGGAAAUUAUCGAGCACAGCUGCAGUGAAAAAUGAAUUAGUCGCAAGACGAAGAUCUUCUCAAUUGUCAAAGGGAGUGGCGUCAUCCCCACUCCCCGUUUUUGUCACGUCGUUCAAGGGGACCUCCUGGUUUGACAGCAUCUUCCCUGAACCAGAUUCAACAAUCUUUCCGCAGGAUCUAACGGAGACAGCGUUUGCGGAGAUGCUCAUCAUGAUCUUGAGGACUGUUGAUUACGAUGUGAAGGAGGGUAUUGUGAAAGCCCUGGUGUUCCUGCUGCAGUCCCAGCCCUCCAAUGUCACCACAAUGGCCCACGAUGCCCUGAUUACUGCCCUCAACGGUCCAUCACCACCAGACCAGAAGAUCCAACCACAAGAAAAUUUUAUCCGUGCUGCCCUGUGGGCUCUGAAGGAGUUAACACCGAACAGCCUAGAGCUGCUGGUGGAGUUAAUGGUUCAGUACCUUCAGUCAGACAUUAUGCUCAGGAAUAACAUUAUGCUUCUCCUUGCUGACAUUGGACUGCUUGAUCCUCACAAUUUCUUUGAGACGGAGAUGAAUUCAUGGAUUGCCUUUGAUGAGGCCAGGACCUCAAACAAACAAAAGCUCCAGCAUUUAAGCAGCGCCUGGCUUAAGAAGUGGACUCGGAAAUUCAAGGAGCAUAUCCAAACAGCCUUGAAGUCACUGAAGAAGGGGAAGACAUUGAGAGGGACUAUACCAGUUCCACGAAAUCCCUCCCCCUCUGAGAGCCCUGCAGAUUUGCCAAAGAAAGUGGAUCCUGAUCAAACAACCAUGAUAAGGAUCCCAGAGCGUCUCCAGCUGGGAUCACUGGAACAGCUUCACCCCAUUGAGGCAGUAAAUUAUUUCUGUGAACUCCAACUCCAGCAGAAACUCAAGGUGAUGAUGGCAGCAGAAAAGGAGGAAGCUGUAAAAUCCCAGAGAGACAGGGAGAAAAUGAAGAACACCGUGCUCUUCCUGCCAAAGAUCCAGAGGGAACGAGCUCUCUUGAGACUUGGGGAGACCACCGUGACUGGAAAGCAGCUUGAAAAGCUCCACCUACCACCCAUCGUCUCAGGACCUCUGACUUUUGACAUCGGCCGAUUCAUCAAACUCGCCGUGCCGAAGAUCAAUCUCAAUCCCUUCCCCUCCGCCAUUGACAACUACCCCAUUCAGCACGUUCUCAUCACUCUCCGACACUCCCCACAGAAAUACUUCAUCCUGGAGCGCUCAUAUGUGUCCAACCACGACUGACAGCACCUCUCCCACCAGCCCCGCUCAUCUCCCAGCCUCGCUGACAAAACACUGAUAGCACUUUACAAACUGCUCCAAAUUAGUAUCUCUAGGAAUAAGGGAAUUGUACCAGAGUCUGAAUACCCAAUUUGUACUGUAACGGAUGAUUAAACACCCAGCUGGCUCA